GUUUGUACAAUUACGAAAAUGUAUUUCUGUUGUGGGCUGUGUUGGAUGAGAUCUAUAUUGUAAAUAAAUUAGAAAUCAUUGACAUAUUCUAUGUCCUAUACAUCAUUGAUUAUAACAUAAAUUUCGAAAACAAAAAACAAAUGGAUGUCUCUUUUCAACUCAUAAUUCAUUUUUCCACCCAAAGGACAAAAAGUUAAAUAAAAGAAAGAAAAAAAAUAUAUACAGAAUCUCACCGUUAACACUAUUUGUACCCGUAACGAUAUUAAUUGCCUUAUAUAUUAUUCACUAUAUAAACCAUUAUAUAAACCCAAGAACCAUCUCUGUCAACAUCGCAACUCCUCAUAUCAUAAGAAAGCCUGGCUCAUCUGAAAACAAUUAUAUUCCUUCUCCGACCGGGAAAGGUGUAUACCUAUUUUGAUCAGCCAUGGCCUAUCCAACAAUCGGUGGCGCUGCCAACUUCUCAAGUGGCUGUGUCACGGUGGUGGACUGCCAUAAACAAGUCCGCUCCUGGCAGCUUCUUCGCUCUCUCAUGGAGCUUAUCAUCCCAUGCUGCAACAUCAAUAACGAUAACGACGACGAUGAUGACCUUGAUCACCAUUAUAAUCAUCAAAACCAAACAGCCAAACACCACCAAUCCCAUCACUUCAACUAUUCCCAGCCCAGGUUUUCCUGUUCAUCUACUUCCUCUUCUUCGUCUUCUUCUAGUUGCAACGUCGUCUCUGGCACCAUAUUCGGAUACCGACGAGGAAAAGUUAACCUCUGCAUCCAAACAACCUCCAAAUCCAAUGAUGUUCCUGUUCUUCUUCUCGAACUCGCCGUUUCGACGAAGACUCUAGCUCGGGAAAUGAGAGGAGGGUAUCUCCGAAUCGCCCUUGAGAGUCAAACUAGUACUUCCGCCUAUGGCCCGGGGUAUAAAAGUAAUUAUCACACUGCUCUUUUGUCGACUCCAGUUUGGACUAUGUAUUGUAACGGCCGAAAAGCUGGUUACGCGAUUAAGCGGCGGCCAGGGAAAAGUGACUUGGAGGCGCUGAAGCUCAUGGGGUCGGUGGUGGCCGGUGCCGGCGUUAUUAGCAGGAAAGAACUGAACAAGUCCCGAAACGACGUCGUUGAGGACGAUGAGCUUAUGUACCUGAGGGCCAACUUUGAGAGGGUUUGUGGGUCAGAGAAUUCUGAGUCAUUCCAUUUGAUUGACCCUGACGAGUGUAUCGGUCAAGAACUCAGUGUUUUCUUCUAUCGUUCACGGUGAAUUUUUUUUCUUUCUCUUUUUCUUUUUCUGUUUUGUAAAAAGGAAAAAAGAUUUUCCUUUCUUAAUGGAAUAUUAAAUAUCUCUUUUACUUGUAAAUUAUUAUUACCCUAAGUUCUCUUUUCUUCUUUUUUGAGCUGUGCUAGCUUUUUGUUGCAGCAAGCUUUAUGAUCUAGAUUUGGGGAAUUAAUAGUUAUUUACAAGUUUUGUAACCUUGAGAUUAAUUCAUGUUUAUUAACUAGUA